CAAAGGAAAGAUCUAGCAUAUCUCACCUAAUAAUUCAACGCAAUUUGAGCAAUCAGCCCUUUUCGAUUCACGCAUACCACAAAGAUAGCAUAAGAGAAGAAGUUGCAAAUAGAUCAUAUCUUCAAACGAUCAACUUAGAGCAGUCAUCCUGUGGUAAUAAAAUUGUGAAAAAAAUAUCUUCCGGCCAAAGAAACAAGCAUCCAUAUGCAGAUCAUAUAAACUCUGACAAGAAUGUCAGAAGACGUGAUAUCUAUGGGCAAAUAUUGCCUGAUAAAAAAGUGGCAAUGUUACUACAACGCCGCACCAAAGAACUUGAGCGGCAAAAAAAGAAUAGUUCCAUAAAAUCGGCAGUUGAUCCAAAUAAAAGAGUAAUGUAUCAACAUCACCCUAUGAUUCGAAAACAUAGUGCUCUUAUCAUAAGAGAGACUUCUUCUGCUGACGACGAAGUUGGCAGCAUCCAUGCUGUUAAUACUUCCUCAAGUUCUUUUGAUAAAGGAAAAAAUGUCGCUCAUGCGUUUUCUGUAUUUGAAAGAGGAUCAACAUCGUGUACAUCUAAGGGACAACAAAAUGUGUUCCCUACUACCACAAGUAAAGGUCAUACCUUGACCAAUGUAAUCCAUAAGAAAAAUAAUGACCAAGAUGCGGAUUAUGCAAUUAAAACAUGUUCCGAACUGUAAAUUUUGCAAUGCAAAAAGGUUUCAAUAUGAACCUUCUGGAUUUUGUUGUGGCAGCGGGUCAGUUAAGUUAGUUUCAUAUGAGCUGCCUAAUGAAUUAUCAGAUUUGUAUAAAGGCAACACUGAAGAAGCUAAGCACUUUCGAACCUACAUUAGAAUAUACAAUAAUAUGUUUGCCUUUACUUUACUUGGUGUAAUCAAUGAUAAAGAUUUGGUGA